AUGCGCUCCGUGUCGGAGGUGAGCGGCUGCCCCCGGCCGGGGCUUGGGGAAGCGCCCCGGGCAGAGUUUGAGGGUCGGGCCCCUUCUUCUCCGAGCCGCGCCGGCGGCUCCCGCGGGGACCUGGAGUGCCGGUGGGGAUGUCUCCUCCUGGGCAUACCCGGGGUUAAAGUAACAUCUAUGAGCUUUACUACGAAAAGCUCCACUUUCCUGCCGUGCAUACGGAACGGGAAAGGGCUGCUGCGAUGUGUGAGCGCACACAGCAGCCGGACCCGCGCUCCGGGCGGCGGGGCAGCGGGUGAAGGUGCCCCUUAUGGCCGCGGUGGUUGCAGACCGCCCUUCUGCCGCUGCGGCAUGGCAGGUGCAGAAGGUUUCCUGGGUGUUUGUGAGCUCUGCUGUCCAGGCUGCCCUGCGGCUCUGGUGACAUUGGAAGUGACAAGAUGUUCCACACGGGUUUCGGCGGCUGACAAACAGCUCCGUGCCCAUACGGAAAAUCCAGAACGUACCUUUGAUUUGGUACUGAAAGUAAAAUGCCAAGCUUCAGAAAAUGAAGAUCCAGUGGUACUGUGGAAGUUCCCGGAGGACUUUGGAGACCAGGAAGUGCUGAACAGCGUUCCAAAGUUCUGCUUUCCCUUUGACGUUGAAAGGGUAUCCCAAAACCAAGUAGGACAGCAUUUCACCUUUGUGCUCACUGACAUUGAAAGUAAGCAAAGGUUUGGAUUCUGCCGUUUGACGUCAGGAGGCAAGGUCUGCCUCUGUAUUCUAAGCUACCUACCAUGGUUUGAGGUAUACUACAAGCUCCUAAAUACCCUGGCAGAUUAUUUGGCUAAAGAACAGGAAAAUGACUCAAAUGAUUUGUUGAAAUCAUUGUAUAGCCAUCCUGUGCCAAAGGCGAAUGCUUUAGUCAGUUUAAGUGUGAACCAAGAGAUGAUUUUUGCAAGUGAGCAAGUUUUGAAAAAACAGCCUUGUCUUGUAUCGCACUCAUAUUUCAUUACUCCUGAUAUAACUGGAUUGCCAACUAUCCCUGAAAGUAGAAACCUCACUGAAUAUUUUGUUGCUGUGGAUGUGAACAACAUGCUGCAACUUUAUGCCAGUAUGUUGCAUGAGAGACGAAUCAUUAUUACCUCCAGCAAACUAAGCACUUUAACUGCUUGUGUUCAUGCGUCAGCUGCAUUGUUAUAUCCAAUGUAUUGGCAACAUAUUUACAUCCCAGUGCUUCCUCCACAUCUUCUGGACUACUGCUGUGCACCAAUGCCUUAUCUAAUUGGCGUCCACUUAAGCUUGAUAGAGAGAGUAAAAAAUAGAUCACUGGAGGAUGUGGUUUUACUAAAUGUUGACACAAACACUCUAGAAACCCCUUUUAAUGACCUGAACAACCUACCUGGUGAAGUGGUCUCGGCCUUGAAAAAUAAACUGAAAAAGCAGUCGACAGCCACGGGCGACGGAGUGGCCAGAGCCUUCCUUCGGGCACAGGCAGCACUCUUUGGAUCCUACAGAGAUGCACUGAGAUACAGACCAGGAGAGCCUAUAACCUUCUGUGAGAAUAGUUUUGUAAAGCAUCGUUCCAGUACAACUAAGCAGUUCCUGGAAACAGCUGUUAAUCUUCAACUGUUUAAACAGUUUAUUGAUGGUCGGCUAUCAAAAUUAAACGCGGGAAGAGGAUUCUCUGAUGUUUUUGAAGAAGAAAUCACAGCAGGAGGCUUUUGUGGAGGAAAUUCAAGAUCUUACCAGCAGUGGAUGCACACAGUGAAGAAAGGCAGUGCACUGAUCAACACAGCAAUGACCAAAGCCACUCCGGCUGUGAAAACAGCAUAUAAAUUCGCAAAAAACCAGGCGAGGCAAGGAAUAAAAGAAGUGAAGAGUAAGUUAAAACACAAGGAGAGUGAGGAAGAGUAUGGAACUUGCAGUGCUGGUGCAGUACAGACUGUUCCUGUCUACACAACGCAUUAUGACAAAAGAACAAGCUCAGAAAAACGGAGACUGGCACAGACUCGUUUCAACCAGCGCCUCAGUAACCAGGAUUUUGCCUUGGAUGAAGAUGAUGAUGAUGAAAUUGAGAGAACAAGCAAGUUAUCAUCAGAAGACAGUGAAGAAGCUUCUGCUUACUUUUAUGAUAGUGAUGGUUCUGGUGAAACUGGAAUAACUCAGCAUCAAGGAGAAAUGGACUUGCUUGGAGAGAUUCUGGACACGCUGAGCACACACAGUUCAGAUCAAGGAAAACUGUCAGGAGCAAAGAGCCUGGAUUUCUUUAGAUCAAUGGAUGACAUUGAUUACAAGGCUGCGAACAAGUCAAAUGCACCUAGUGAGAGCAACCUUACCCUGCUUUGCAGCAGUGCUACUGACCAGGCAGAGUGGAACCUGGGCCAGGAUGACAGUGUCCUCCACGGGAAGCAGCUCCCCCCGUCCCCAAGGAAGCAAGUUUCUGCUGGUGGCCAGAGGGAAUCUCUCUCAAGCAUGGAAGAAGAAAAGAGUGGCAAAACCUUUACCACUGACAAGAUGGGCACCACUAGUUUGACAUCCCUAUCUCCAGUACGACCAAGUGCCCAGUUUACUUCCCUAGAAAGUUUCAAAGCAGGCUUUUCUUCCUCUCAGUAUGCAAAGCCUAAUGAAACACUAAGCAAUACCUCAGAAGAUCAGCUCCCAGCAGGUCUUGCUCAACAGCCAUCCAUUCUGGUCCCUUGGGAGAAAGCUGGGAAGGAAGGAGAUGAAACUCCAGAAGAAGGUGGACUUCUUCAAGAAGUGGUGUCAUUAUGUAAACUGAAUUCUGCUUUUCACUAUGGUUUAAAUAUUUCAAAGGAUAGCUUAUCCAGCAGUAGCAGUGGAAAUAAAACGUAAGAAAAGUCUGAGAAGAGAAACUUGACUCCCAUCAGAAGUUAAAGGGAGACUACUCAGGACUCCAUGUAACUCCAUGUAACAUGAUAACCAAAAAAAUGAAAAGAAAUAAGAGAUCUUCAGUUAUAAAAAUAAUUCUCUUCAGUUGAGUAUGCAUUUUCUGCCAUUGGACAUCCGCUUCUAUGUUUACUCAGUUCGUUUGUUGGCUGUAGUUAGGUCCACAAAGUGGAACUAAAUAUAUGAAUGCACUCUCAAAUCAGGUACUAGUUAGUCUCUGUGUUAAAAAUGCAGCAAGUGUAUGGUGCUUCCUGUCACUUGCUUCCUCUAAGCAGCAAGGGUCUCGCCUAAAGGUAGCCAGGUUUUGAAGGUACUAUGUUAAUCCCAUUAGCAUGAAAUGAACCAAGCAAUCUGAUUUGUCUGAAAUGUACAAAUGUUAAUAUUUGUAAUGAAUAAUAAUUGCCUUAAUCUUUUGAGAAGGGGUUUAAC